AUGCCACAAAAGAUUGAGUCUGCCGCGGCCCCUAAUGAGGGUGCAAGUGAAGAACAGAAGUUACCGCCUCUGUCCGUAAAAGACUUUGGCGUGUAUAAUCGAAUGGCAGCUCAGAUGGACCACUUUCAUAAUCAUUUUCGCCUAACCUGGAAGGAUCUCCAGAACGCAUGUGAUACCAAUGGGAAGCGGUCUGGCGGGCUCAAGCCCAAGCAACUGAUACUUACAGGACUGCAGUUCUGCUCUCAGCUUGGCUUCCACCACAGUAUUGAAGAAGAACAUCUAUUCCCUGUGCUAGCUCGCAAGAUGCCAGAGUUCCGGCAGAAGAAGACGCUAUUGGCACAACAUAAGAAGAUACAUCGUGGACUGGACGGAUUUGAACAGUACUUAGAGAAAUGCCGGUCCGGAGAGGAAGACCUGGAACUGACAGAGAUGAAACGACUCAUGGACGCGUUUGGGGAGGUUUUGUGGACGCAUCUGGAUGAAGAGGUUCGCACCCUUGGUGCGGAGAAUAUGCGAAAGUACUGGACAUUGGAGGAGAUGCGCAAGCUUCCUAUGUGA